AUGAAAACUCUUCUAUUCAUCAUUUGUGGUAUUCAUAUUUUGAUUUUUGGUAGUUGUAUCUGCUUUGGCAUCACAUGCAUACUUAUAUCCAUUCAAUGAUAAGAAUAUAAAUGACUUAGAAGGCCUUAAUCAAAAGUAAAUAGCUUAAUUGAUUAAAUACAAUGUUGGAUUAGUCGAACAUAUUUCACCAGAUUAACAAAAAGUCUUUGAAUAGUUGAUAAAGUAUAUAUUUCAUCAUCAUAUAGAUCUUUUGGUAAAGGUAAUAUCUUAUCACCUACUAAUAUGAACUAUUUGAUUCUUAUUGAAAGUCAAAAGUUGUAUUCAGGAUAAGAUUCAAAAGAAUAAAGAAUAACUGAGGGAUUCUCAUAAAGCUUUAAAGUUUUAGAAAAAGAUCCUAAAUCACUUAUGGAAUCCCUUUUUGGAUAACAAGGUAAUCUUAUUCAUCCAAAAUUUAGAUGAUUCUCUUAUUUAGAAAGCUUAUAAACUUUAUAAUAAAAAUAAUUUAGGAUUCAAAAUAUAUUAAAAUGAAGAUGAUUUAGAUAUUAAUUAUUUAUAAUGGACUAUUACACUUUAUUUAGGCAAAAAUGUAAAAUAGCAUAUUUAACAUAUAGAAUGAAGUUUAUUUUUAUGAACCAAAUAAAGAUAAAUCAUAUAAAGUUGAUUCCACUUUAGAAAAAUGUGUUGAUACCUUCUUUGGAACUACAUUUGAUUAUGCACCUAAAGAUAAAAAAAUAUAUAAAUACAAUACAAAUGAAAUGAUUGAAAUUACAUAAGAUAACGAAGAAUAAAUUACUGGGUUCUUAAAAGAUGUUUGUGCUAUGAAUAAACUAUCCACACUUUUUAAAAAAUGUAUUAUUUUUACUAUUUUAAAGCUGAUCAACCUAAUAUGUUAACUAUUAUUAAUAAAUCUAUUGCUAAAUUAGAAAAAAUUAUGAAAGAACCAGAAAUAGAGAUGAUCUAUGAUAUGAUGAGAAUCACACAUAAAAAAGUAUUAUUAAUUAUAAUAAUAUAGUUAUCUAAAAAUUUUAGAAAUACAUUUGAAAAUGAAGAAUUAUUUGGUCUAAUUUUAAUUGAAGAAGAAAAAAAUCCUCAAUUAACAACAACCAAAGACUCAGCUAAAAUCCAGAGAAUUUUAAUGGAAACAAGAACAAGAAUGUUAAAUUAAGUUACUGUAUUUUUUUGUUUUUAACUUUUUUAGACAUCAACUAACUCUCCUUACUAAAAUAUGGAUUCCACCACUUAUCAAAUUUAUAUUUGGUUUGGAGUAUUCUUUGUUAUAGUCUUAAUUGGUAUCAUCUAUUCAAUGGUUACAAUGGAAAUUUAAAAAGAUACUCUAUUGUAUGCCAAAUUCUUAACCACAGAUCAAAGAUGAUAAUUUAGUAUAUGUAAUUAUCCCAAGCAUUUUUAUUUUUAAAUUAAUU